UUAGGUUGGUAGUUUAGAUCAUGCGUUACACAAUACGCUUCUCGACCGAUUCGAGAUUCUUUGGGGGAACGCAGCUGCCACCUCCUCCCCUCAUCCCCUCGAAGAAGUUGGGAUGGAAUGACGCUGAUGCUGUGGGCUGAAUGAAUGUUAGCGUUCUUGAAGCUGAUCGCCCACUCCGCGACACCCCUUGUUUCCUUUUCCGCCGUUACAAUUGGCUUUAGCAGCUGCAAAGCAACACAGUCCUCGAGAACCCACGGUUUCUAGAAUUCCAAAUUGUCGAGCCGCAACUCGGGAAUUCCCCACUCACGGAUUCGAGUACAUACCUACCUACCUAGUUAUUUAGAAGCACCUGGCCCUGAUGCCGACAUAUCUUUGCCACGGUUUCCGCUGGCAGCGUCGCAGCGUCCGUGUUUACGUUGUCGUCCAGGACCUCGACGAUGCGUCGCCCGAGUGGAUCAUCGCCCCGAAGAGCUCGCAAUGCCUCCUCGAGUCCUUCUACAACCUCUUCGACUUCCUGCCCUACUGCGCGCCGCCGAGCCGUAGCAGCGCCCGGCGCUACGACUCGGUAGACGCAAGCGACGACGACAGCCGCGUUCUUAGAAGUAGGAAUCACAGCAAUGACCGCCGCAGCCGGAGUCAGAGCUUCAGCCGGAGCCGAGAGAGCAGUUCGCAGAACCGGAGCCGGAGCCGGAGCCGGAGCCUGCCGCAGACGAACUCGCCCCAGUUGCCACCGGUGUUAGGAAGCGCCCCGCCGGAGGAUGACGUGCGCUCCCAGGACUGGUCGCUCAUCAAGCUGCUGGAGGAAUACGACCCGAUGAACCUGGACGAGGUCUCGCGGCCGUACGCAUAUGUAGCAGACUACGUAGUGCGGGUCGAUCUGUCUGUAUCGAUAGCCGACGAGAUGCAGCAGUACGAGAAAAGACUACGCGCAGAUCGCGCCCCGCCCAUGACUGGCCCGACGAGCGACGAGACCGGGCGCAAGAAGCAUAACAAGAAGCCGGGUUGGCUUGAGAAGCUGCGCGACCAGCUUCAGCGUGGGGAGGACAUCAAGUGGUAUGUCGUCACCAACGGCGACGAGGUGAGGGAAUGGCCCGACGAACCCAUUCGGAGGACAGGAUCGACGCAGAGGCCCACGGCGACGAGGCAACAACAGCAGCACCAUGCGCAGUAUUCGCACCAGCAGGUGAUAUUCGAGGGGAACAACAACGCGGCUGCGAGGCCGCAGGUUCGGGAAGGACGUGAUUUGAAGGACGUGCCGCCCCUGAACCCACCAAAAAUGUCGACGGAUGACGGUCCCAGGCCGAAGACUUCGAGUAAGGGCGGGUUCAGGAAGCUGUUUGGCAAGAGCAAGCCCGACGACCACUCACCUUGACGGAAGUCCGGCCGAGAAUCUGUAAAACCGCCCAAAACCCUACGGCGAUAUGCAGAGUCAGUGGAUACUGAGUCAAUUUGCCCGAGUUUGAUGGAUGGAGGCCGCCGGGACUCAAGAAUGUGCCCAGCAAGCCAUCCAAUUGGUGCCGAGGGAGCACCAAAUCGCCCAAAGUAUCGCUAAGAAAGCCAAGGAAGAGGGAUCCAUCCACUAGGUCCUUAGAAAAUUAAGACGAUGAAUUUGAACGGUUCUCUUAUGCUUUCCAAUGUCAUACUCUUGAUGCUUAAAUGCAUAACCAGAAAAUAAUUUGCAAAAUUUAGUCAUCCUAAUGUAAUAAAAUAGAUGUCACGUUUUUCAUCAACCAGAUGGAAAGACAGGGGAUGUAGCUCAUCUGGUAGAGCGCGU